UUGUGGCAUAUUAAGUCAAACUUCACAAAGAUGGAAUGGAUACAGAGCGAGAGGGGUGGGCGAAAGCUCCUCCUGGGAGGAUACAUGUACGUCAAGCAAAAAGAUUUGGCAGAUGGGUACGAGGGCUUUGAAUGUGAGCUACGAAGGAACACACGACAAUGCAGAGCAAAAAUUAAGGUCAUGGGUGAUAACCAAUUCCGCGAUAGAACGGAGCAUAACCAUCCGCCUAACCAUGGUAGAAGCAAUGCUACGAAGGUUAAAGCAGCAACGAAGAGAAGGGCCACUGAGUCCAAUGAAAGACCACAACAGGUGCUUAUGGCGACACUAUGCGAGGUAACAGAGGAAGGGCGGGCAGCGCUACCAUCACUAAACAACAUGAGGAGGAAUAUCCGGAGACAGCGCCAAGAGAACCCAAACGCCCUCCCCAUUCCCAUGACUGUGGAAGAUCUGGAAAUCCCUGUAGAUCAACGAUUGACGCUGGGUGGAGAGCUUUUCCUUUAUCACGACUCUGGAAGAAACGACCCUCGCCGGAUUUUAGUGUUUACUACGGAAAGGAACCUUCAGUUGCUGUCAACGUCUGAAAGUUGGUUCGCUGAUGGCACGUUCAAGGUAGUGCCGACCAUCUUCUUCCAGUUGUGGACAAUCCACGCCACAUAUGAGGGACAUGUGGUGCCUUUGGUUUAUUGCCUCAUGCUAAAUAAGGACCAGGCGUCAUAUUAUAUGCAAGGGUACUAG